AUCCUUCUCUGUGUAGUCUGUAAUCCCUUCUUCUCAUUGCCUGUGUAUCCUUUGACUCACAAUGUUCAUAAGUUCUUCCAUUUUCCAUGGAAAAAUGGAGUUUGCUGUAGUUUCUUCUUCUUCUUCUUCUUCCAGUGAUUUAUGAUGAUCUGAAAUGGGUUUUUGUUUUUGUUUUAUCUUUUUAAUUUUCCUGUUAAUAUUUCAAAUGGGUCGUCAUCCUUCUGUUCGAAUUUGUUUUUCCACCGUUGAUAAUCUCUGCAUUUAUAUUCUAAUGAUGGUUAUUUUUUAUAAAUAAAAUUUGUUAUUUUUCUUUACUAGUUCAGGGUUCAUACUGCAGAUUUUCUACUGUGAAUUUGAUCAGUCAGAAACAGUUCUCUUUAUCUUUAUGCUAUUUUAGAAAAACCUUUAUAUUCUUUUGUUGUUUCUUUCUCUUUUACUACCUCGAAACUACAAAUCAUAAUUCUUCAAUUUGACCAUCCCUUAAUCAUUUCUAUCUUUCAUCACUAUUCUCUUUUUGUAUUUUACCACAUAUCUUCUUGUAAAUUCUUCACCUAUAUUAUUUUUUUCAAAAAAGAAAAGAAAAAUAAAUUUCUACUUUUUUUAAUUUUUUGUUCUCUGUUGGAAUAUGAAGUGUUUGAGUUCUUGGGUUAUUGAGAAUUAAUAGAGAAAAGCAUGAAAAACAAAAGAAUCUCCGGUUUCUUUGAUCUGUUAUGCAAGUUAGAAAUGUAUAGUGACUUGAAAACAAAGAAAAGAAGCACCACCUCUUUUUGAAAUCAUUCUUGUAUAUAGAAAUGUAGAAAAGAAAGCAUAAACAUAUCUUUGUUGAAAAUUCAUAUGAUUCUGGUGAGAUAUAAGAAGGGCUACUGUUGGGAUUUUUGUUCAAUCCAGUAAACUUCACAGGGAAAGGGAAAUAGAAAGGGAAAGGAAAGAGAGAGAGAGAAAGUAAGAAAUGGGAUGUUCUACAUCAAAGCUGGAUGAUGAAGAGGCAGUUCAGCUUUGUAAAGAUAGAAAACGUUUCAUUAAGCAGGCUGUAGAGCAAAGAACAAAGUUUGCCUCUGGACACUUAGCUUAUAUACAGUCCUUGAGAAGAGUUUCAGCAGCUCUUCGUGAGUAUGUUGAUGGAGAUGAGCCUAGAGAAUUCUUGCUAGAUUCAUUUAUAACUCCACCCUUUACCCCUAUAAAGAAAACAAGUCCAGGUUUCGUCUCAAUUUCACCUGGAUCAUUUUCACAAUCAUCUCUUCAGUCCAGACCUAAUUCAACUUUGAAAGUUAACUACCUAAGGUCUGGGGGGAACCAAGCAGUUGCAGUUGAGGAGAGGCCUCAAUCACCGGAAACUGUUCGAAUUGAAGCUUACUCUCCUGUGCACCAUUAUGGGAUGAAUGGAUUCUUUACAAUGCAAUCCCCACCAGUGUAUUCAUCAUUCUUUUCUUAUUCCCCCAAUAACAGGCCCAAUAUUCCUCCCCCUUCACCUCAAACUUCACAGUGGGAUGGUUUUUGGAAUCCAUUUUCCUCACUGGAUUACUAUGGCUAUCCUUCUCGAAGUAGCCUUGAUCAGAUGGUGAUGGAUGAUGACACUAGAGGACUAAGGCAAGUUCGAGAAGAAGAAGGGAUUCCUGAUUUAGAAGAUGAAACUGAACAAGAAGAACUAUAUAACAAGGUAAAUGCAACAGAGGAGCAAGCUAAAGUUGAUCCCGGUUAUAAUAGAGAAGAAGUUCUUGUUGAAGACGUCAAUGAGGAUGAGGAUGAGGAUGAUGACAAGGAUGAAACUGAUAGUGGAAGUGAAUGUGAACAUGAAAUGAGAGGACUACAAUCACAAGGUAGUGCAAAGAUAGAAUUAUCACGAGCUCAAAAUUCCAGACAGGUUGAAGUUCGAAAUCAAGAAAUGCCAGUUGGUGAAGGUGAAGGUAAAGUAGAAACUCCGGCUUUUACUGUCUAUGUAAACCGGAGGCCAACAAGCAUGGCAGAAGUUAUCAAGGAUCUUGAAUAUCAAUUCACAAUUGCUUGUGAUUCAGCCAAGGAGGUUUCAGCAUUAUUAGAGUCUGGUAAAUCUCAAUACGCACCAAUGUCAAAUGAGCUCACAGCUAUUAAAAUGCUGAAUCCAGUAGCAUUGUUCCGCUCAGCUUCAUCUCGUUCAUCAUCAUCGAGACAUUUUAUCAAUUCCUCGAGUUCUAGAGAUGAAGGUUAUGAAAGCAGUAGCGACUUCUCUGAAGAAUCCUGCAUUCUUUCUGGUAGCCACCAAUCAGUACUUGAUAGAUUAUAUGUCUGGGAGAAGAAACUCUAUGAUGAAGUCAAGUCGGGAGAAAGAGUUCGAAUUGCAUAUGAGAAGAAACAAAUGCAACUCAGGAACCAAGAUGUAAAAGGGGAAGAACCUUCUGUGGUGGACAAAACAGGAGUAGCCAUUAGAGAUCUGUACACCCAAUUACAAGUUUCAAUUCACUCAGCUGAAGCUGUUUCAAAAAGAAUAGAAGCUUUACGGGAUGAAGAAUUGCAGCCUCAACUUUUGGAAUUAGUGCAAGGGUUAGCAAGAAUGUGGAAAGUAAUGGUAGAAUGCCAUCAGUCACAAAAGCAGACAUUAGAUGAGGCAAAACUUUUACUAGCGGGAACACCUUCAAAAUUAGAUGCAAAAAGGCGCUCCUCCAUGUCGUUUGUUGAUCCUCAAAGACUAGCUAGAUCAGCUGCCAAUCUCGAGUCGGAACUGAGGAAUUGGCGAGCCUGUUUUGAAGCAUGGAUCACUUCUCAACGAUCCUAUAUGCACGCACUAACCGGGUGGCUUCUCAGGUGUGUUAGAUCAGAUCCUGACACAUCAAAAUUACCAUUCUCUCCUCGUCGGUCCAGUGGGACAUUUCCAAUAUUUGGACUUUGUAUUCAAUGGUCAAGGUUUCUUGAUAGCAUUCAGGAGAAGCCAGUUCUUGAUGGAAUGGACUUUUUUGCUGCUGGGAUGGGAUCUCUUUAUGCACAGCAGCUAAGAGAUGAUCCUCUCAGGAGUGGGUCAAAGAGAUAUGGUGCUGGAUUGUUGAAUGAACCAGGAUCAAAUAUGGAACUGGUGGAGGUUGGUGAAGUAGAAGAGGUGGUGACAGCAGAGAAAAUGGCUGAAGUUGCCAUAAGGGUACUGUGUGCUGGAAUGUCUGUUGCAAUGAGUUCUCUCACAGAAUUUGCUGUUAGUUCUGCUGAGGGAUUUGCAGAACUUGUUAAGCAGUGGGACAAUGCCUGAGUUAGUUAUGAUAUUCUGGUAGAUAGUUAGGUAAUGGUUGUCAAUGUAAUUAUUUGUUGAAAUACAAUUGACAAAGCCACAAAAGAGGAAAUAUAGGGCAAUUGCUUCUUCUGCUAACAUAACAUACUCAGCUUCAUUUAAUUCACCAAGAUUUACAAUAAAAGGGGGAAAAAUCUCAACAUGUUCCAUUUUCAUCAGAUACUUUCAUCCUCAUAAUAUAAAAUUCAAUCAGGAUUAUUUUAUUUCU